AUGUACCUAUUCUACCUGCCAGAGAUGUAUCCAAAGCUGCACCGAAUUCUGUUCCUAGACGAUGAUGUUGUAGUCCAGAAGGACUUAACAGCCUUGUGGAAAAUCGAUAUGGGUGGGAAGGUAAACGGGGCAGUAGAGACAUGCUUUGGGUCAUUUCACCGUUACGCUCAGUAUUUGAACUUCUCUAAUUCUCUGAUUAGGGAGAGAUUUAGUCCUAAGUCUUGUGCCUGGGCUUUCGGGAUGAAUAUAUUUGACCUUGAUGCUUGGAGGCUUGAGAAGUGCACCGAGCAGUAUCAUUAUUGGCAGAGUUUGAAUGAGGACCAUACUUUGUGGAAACCGGGGAUGCUCCCACCUGGGCUUGUUACCUACUAUUCAACAACAAAAUCAUUGGACAAAUCAUGGCAUGUGCUCGGGCUUGGGCACAACCCGAGCAUAAGCAUGGAUGAGAUUAGUAGAGCAGCGGUUAUCCAUUUUAACGGCAACAUGAAACCUUGGCUUGAUAUUGCUUUGAACCAAUACAAACAUCUUUGGACCAAGUAUGUUGAUUAUGAAAUGGAAUUUGUGCAAAUGGUGGUCGAACUGGUACCUUGGGCAAGUCAUAGAACCGACAGUGAAUAG